AAGCGGCAGGCUGCACCUCGUCGGGGUGAUUGAAUGAAUCUCAGGGUUUGUGUUUGGCAGCCCCACCGAAGCGACGCGCUCUCGUAGCAUAUACGCAGAGAAAGCCGUCGGGCAAUAACGUUCAGCCAAAAGUACCGUGCUGACUGCAAUUCACUGGAAGUCAUGGAGUCGUCGGUGCGCCACCUCGCUCAAACGUUUCACUCGUGGUUUCCCCCGCGUGACAGCGUCGCCGAAGGUUGGCCACUUGCCGGGAGUCCCGUGUCCAUUGCACUCAUCACGGCCAGCUACGUCUACUUCGUCACCGCGGCAGGACCAAAAUGGAUGUCAGGCCGCAAAGCGUUCGACCUGAGGCGCUGCAUUCUCCUGUACAACCUGUUCACCACCUUCUUCAGUGCGUACUUCAUGUGCCGCUUCUUGAAGCUCGGCUACUGGGACCUCGGCUACACGUUCCUCCAGGACAUGGACCGGAGCGACUCACCCGCCAGCCUCGAGAUCAAGCGCCUCUCGUGGUGGCUGUACAUGUUCAAGCUGGUCGAGCUCUCGGACACCGUGUUCUUCGUGCUGCGCAAGAACAACCGCCAGAUCAGCAUGCUGCACGUCGUGCACCACGUGAUCGUGUCCUGGAACAUGUGGCUGAACGUGACCUACGGAGCACAGGCGCAGGCCAUGUUCAUCGCGUGCCUCAACUCGUUCAUACACGUGUUCAUGUACGCCUACUACUUCCUGGCUGCGCUCGGUCCGGCCUUCAGGAAGCACUUGUGGUGGAAGAAGUACCUGACCAUGAUGCAGAUCUCUCAGUUCGUCAUACUGUUUGCGCACGCCAUCGGCAUGGUGUUGGCCAAGGGCAACUAUGUCGUGUUCUUUGUGUGGAUAGAGUUCGCGGAAGCGGUGUUGUUCUUCGUGUGGUUUAUGGCCUUUUACUUGAAUGCAUACAAAAAGAGUGUCUAGGUUCGCAGAUUGUUAUUAUAGUCAUGUUCUAAGGCUUAGAGUACUCAAGUGCGCGGAGGCAGCUAUAAUAGUUGCUAUAUUAUGGUCUUACCUCACUUGCACUCCUCUUUAUGAUCUUCCGAUGUUAUAAACGAGACAGAUGGAGCUUGACUCGUUUCAUAUACGUAAAGCCAUUGUUGCACUUCAUCUAGUUUUUAAUAUACAGAAUAUAGGGUGACAUUUGCCUAGUAGAAGAAAAGGACUUGAGCUCGUGAGUGAAGGGAGAGAGAGAGAGUGUGUGUGUGUCUAGAUGCUAGAGCCCUUGUCGACAACAAUAUGUUAACUGUGACCUCGAUGCCAUACAUUACUGGCUGGGUACUUUAUCAUAUGUGACACCGAAAUCUCGAGAGGCAUGCUUUCUUCGCAAUUUGUCGAACAGUGAACUCUACCCCUGACUCCUGCAUGGAUGUUUGCGGCUGAUUUCAAGGAUGUCAUUUUGUAGCUGGAAACUGGUGAAAGAGUUCCGAUGUAGAAAUCAUGUCGCCUUUUCAUCUAUCAUCAAAACGAGGCAAAUAUUUGGGAAGGGCUGUUUCACUGGCUUCAAGCUGACAACCGCCGAGGCCGAAGAUACUGCGUCGCGUGCCGGCGUGUUCUUGCCGAGGUAUUACACGCUGGACGUGUUCUAUCUUUAUGCAAAUAUGGCACCAUGGAACUUGCAAAAGUUGCUGUUUUAC